UGCCGUGACGACUCGCAUUAUUUGUGUUCCGGGCUUUCCGCUAGCUCUGCCAUGGCCUCUCAGCAGCCGUGCCGGCCGAAGGCGAAGCCCUCGGAGUGCCAAACGGAGUUGCCUCCGGAGCCGCCGCUGAAGCUGAAGGUGGUGGGGCUCUUCAAAAGCUCCAGCUUUCAGAUGUCGAAGACCAUCGCUGAGACUUUGAAAGCCAAUUACCCGUCCAGAUUCGAAGAUCCUGUGAUAGUUCCUCUUCAGGAAUUUGCUUGGGAUCGGUAUCUGGAGGAGAAAAAGAGGGAACUGAAGGGUGAAACCUGGGUCUAUUCCUCCUAUGUGAUAUGCUUUAUCAAUGACCAGCUCCUGGGUAACGCACUUGAUCUGAAGAAGUGGGCCCAGAAGCUGUGGGAUGUGGUCGAUAUCCGGCCCAGUGCACUGUACGAGGCGCUUACUCUGGACUAUGCCACGAAGUUCUUGAAGGACACCAAGCAUGAUUUUGUGUUCUUGGACAUUAGUAUUGAUCUUGCCCCAAUUGGAAGGCUGAUUUUUGAACUAUAUUGUGAUACCUGCCCCAGAACAUGUACAAAUUUUCAGGUCUUGUGCACAGGAACAUCAGGGUUUUCUGAGAGAGGCAUAAAGCUUCACUACAAAGAUUCGAUUUUUCAUCGAGUAGUCAAGAACGGUUGGGUACAAGGAGGAGAUAUAGUAGGAGGACGAGGGGAUGACGGAGAGUCUAUUUAUGGACCAACGUUUGAAGAUGAAAACUUUUCGGUUCCUCAUAAUAAGCGGGGAGUUCUUGGAAUGGUCAACAAAGGGCAUCAUACCAAUGGGUCACAAUUCUACAUCACACUGCAAGCAACUCCCUAUCUGGAUAAAAAAUACGUGGCUUUUGGGCAACUCAUUGAAGGAACCGAAGUUCUCAGACGUCUCGAAUUAGUCCCAACAGUGAACGAAAGACCGUUGGUCCUUUGCAGCAUCACAGACAGUGGGAUUCUUUAUACAUGAUUUUCACACCAGCCACCUUCUCCGUGGUGCUUUGUCGCUGUGCAUUUGGUCAGCUGUUCCUAUCUUUAAUUAAAUGGUGCUUGAUAACAUUGGAAGGCAAUGGCAGACACAGCAGGCUGUGUCUAACACUUCAUCAUUGCCCCCUUUCCUCUCCCCUCCCCCCCCAUCACACAGGCUACAAAAACAAAAUACUCAGUUUCCCGGGCUCCUUUACAACGGAGAGCCAUUUGAGAGCACCGUGGCUAAUGGGUCAGAGGGAAGCCAGCGAACUGGCUCCCACUCCUUCUUGAAUACAGAUAGGCUGGAAGCCAGGGACACUGCUGGGCUGUCAGCCUCGGCCUCACCACCUCCUAUUUCUGGUCUUUUUCACUACACGAGGCAGAAAGACCUCUCGGUUCUAUUCCCGGUGACUCCUUUGUUACUCGUGGCUUUUAACAUUAUUAACCUAGCAAUGUACCAAGUGAUUUUUGAAUCUAAAGCCUUUGUAAAUGAAUUGUCCUGUUUGUUACUAAUUGCUGUCAUGAUAAACUUGGUAACUCACUAACACAACAGCAGAAACAACUGAGCGUGAAGUUACCUUGCUGUGCCUAGCAGGCAGGGAGGACACGUGUAUUAGAUGUUGUAAAUAGAAUCUGUGUCUGAGCCAUGCCAACCAUAUGAACAGCAAGGGCUUGGGUUGGUCCUUGUGGUAGAUCCCAAUGGACGUUGCCAGAGCUCUGUUUUAUCAGUUGCCACUCCCUCUGAAGGUCCCUGUGAUGGUUUGCAUAUGCUUGGCCCAGGGACUGGCACUAUUAGAAGGUGUGGCCUUGUUGGAGGAAGUGUGUCACU